AUGAAGGAAUACGUUGAGGUGACUGCUACGGCAGAGAGUGGCGUUCGGAUGUGCAAAGAAUGCCAUCAAACAAAGGAGACACAAGAAUUCGUCUCGGUACACGGAAAUCAGAUAUGCCUGAUGUGCGCGGACUGUCGUGAAAGACGUCGAGCUCGCCGCAUCAAGAGGAAAUUGCGAGACAAAGCAAAGAUCGAUGCUUAUAAUGAAAUGCAACCUACCCAGCCCACGAUUAUGCAGCCUCAACAACCAAUGAUGAUGCAACAUUCCCAGAGCAUGAUGAUGCACCCCUCCCAAGGGAUGAUGAUGAGCCCUCCCCAGAGCAUGAUGAUAAAUCCGUCUCAAAGCAUGAUGGUUCAGCCUCAACACAUGAUGAUGAUGCCUCCAGCUGCUAGCGGAGCUUACCAUGACAUCAUGAAACACUGGAACGGACCCAUGAAUAACCCAUGGAGCCCCGAACCUACUGAGUCGAUCCCAGAGGCCCAGUCCAGCCUUGAACCAGUCUCGGAUACACUUCAGUUAGAACACUUCUUUUGUCCCUCCUGCGGCCUUGCCAGAAGCACGAGAUUAAAUUACGAUGGCAUUUGUCUUUACUGUUUGGAAUGCGAGCAGAAGUAUUGCUAUUUUGGAAAGCAUGAAGUUGACAGAAAUGACUUUAUCGAUCGCCGGGGUGAUGAGCAGGUACGAUGCAACAAGUGCCGCGAGGGCGAGGAAUAUGAAGAAUCUGAGCAGGAAUCUGGUUCAGAAGACGAGCCAGAGAUAAAAUCGGGAUCAGAAGAUGAGUCGGAUGAGGAAUCAGAGUCAAAAUCAGAGGAAAAGCCCGAUACAGGGGAAGAGCACUCUAAAGAGGAAUGUGUUCAAGAUUCCUGUGAGAUUGAUGGUCGCGAACAACAUCGUAAUUUCCAGCCUAUGGAAGGGUUUGUGGAAGUGAAGCCGUCUACUAUUUCUACUGAUCCAAGCCACAUGAUUGACGAGGUUGAAGUCAAACAGGAACCCUUCAAUGAUACUCAGAUUGCUGGUAUAUCGCAAAUUGAACAUCUUCCCGCCGCUGUUGUUGAUGGCCGUCAAGUAUCAGGCCCCUUCAUCAUUGAUUAA